GCAAGGAAGUCCAGGGCAAAAGGAGCCGAAAGGGAAAUGGGGGUAGAGUGUGGCCAAACCGGUGUCUCCAACUAGGACUUCACUUCCUGUGCAUCACAAGCCGUUUCUCGCCAGUAACUGGGAGGGGGUGGGUCUCCUGUGUGGGCAGAAAGAUCAAAUGGCAGCUUACGCCUCGGGGGCAAAGCCAGGGGGUGCUUGCCUCACUGAGGCUGCUCCUGGAGCUCCUGUUUCUUUGGGAGGGAAGGGUCAGCCAUGGUCCUCUUGCCUUGAGAAGGUGCCCCUCUGAGCCCCCCCCCAUGUGCUGGCAGGCCCCCGUCCUUGGGGCAGAUUCACUCAGGACCAUCGGGGGGGGGGGGGGGUGGAGAGGAGGCGGUGGGGCUGAAGGCUGUGUGCCCCCUCCCCCGGUAGCAAUGUCAGGGCACCGGCUGAGGUCUGCGCCGGAGGAGCUUGGCCUGUCUGAACCCAAGGGGUCAUCUUGAGACCCUCCCUCCUUCAGCCCCAGGGAUGGCGGGGCAGACUCAUCUCCCCCUUUGAAGCCGGGCUGCGCUCGGAGGUAGACGUUUCCCUGACCCGGGUUGCCUUCCCUCCGGCCACUGGGCAGCUGCGGGGGGGGGGGGGGCUUUGGCCGGAGGAGGAGCAGGAGGGGGGUCUCCUCGCAGCCUCGCCAGGAAAAGAAGACGAAACAGGUGCUCCCUCCGCCGGAAGCGCAGCUGGUGCCUCUGCCUGCGGUGCUGCGAAAGAGGCAGGCUCAGCAGCGGAGGAAGCGGCCCCCGGAUGCAGGGCAGGCGGCGCCUCCAUCCAUCCAUCCAUCCGGCUGGGCUGCUGCUGCUGCUUCGGUUGCACAUUCCUCCUCCUCCGCGGCAGGCCUUCCAUCUUCACAGCCAAGGAGCAGCCAAGGCCUUUCAGGGCAGGACAAGCCUUUGCAGAGGAGGCGAUGGAGGAGGAGAAGCACAAGCGGCACUCAGACCCUGGGCGCAGCUUCUGGGUGGGGGCCGCCUCCAACUUCUUCUCAGUGCUGGCCACCUUUCCCUUCCACAAGACCAUGUUCCGCCAGCAGCUCCAUGCCUUCUCCAUCCGGGAGGCCGGGCACCAGCUCUGCCAGGAAGGCCUCCGCCAGUUCUGCCGUGGCCUCCUCCCUCCGCUCCUGGCCAAGACCCUGCAGGGGACCCUCAUGUUUGGCACCUACGACACCUUCCUCAGGGCCCUCUCAGGCUGCCGGCCGCCGGGGAAUCACCACUUGCUGAGGGACCGAGCCACAGCAGGUGUCCUGGCAGGCUUCUCUGAGGGCCUGGUCCUCGGCCCCUUCGAAAGGGUCCAGAAUGUGCUCCAGGACAGGCGGAAGGUCCUCCGUUUCCCGACCACCAGGAGCAUCCUGCGGGAGUUCAGCUCCUAUGGCAGCUUCAGGGAGAGGAUGGCACUGGGCUACUACCGGGGCCUGGGCCUCAUCCUGCUCCGGAACGGCCUGGGCAGCAGCCUCUACUUCUCCUCCAAGGACCCCCUCCGGGACCACUUCUCUAACAGGGGCCUCCCUGCCUGGCUGCCCUCCCUCCUCUCUGGCUGUAUCAACGGGACGGCCAUCAGCUUCCUGCUCUACCCACUAGGCGUCCUAAUCACCAACGUCCAGGCCCAGGUGGGCAGGCAGGAGACUCUUGGCCUUGGCGCCUCCGUGGCCGCAGUCUGGAGGACCCGAGGGGGCAGAGCAACACUGUUGUACCGAGGGGGAUCCCUCCUCAUCCUGCGGUCCGGCAUCACCUGGGGCCUCACCACUGCCAUCCACGACUUCCUCCAGGGGCCCAGGGGCCAACACUUGCACUCGCAGCCUCCUCCUCAGGUCCCAGUGCCCUAACUGAGCAGCUCAUGGGGGCUGCCAUAGGAAUACUGGGGCUACAAAUCAGGGUGGGGGGGGCAGCCUUUGGGCUUGGAUGGAGUGGCAAGGGGAUCCUGCAGAACUAAUUGGGAAGGAAGGAAGGAGGGAACAAGUGACUCUGCUGGGUUUGAGAAGGAGGCAUCAGCCAGACUUUCUCUUCCAUCAGAACAAGGAGGACCCGGGACAUUGUCCUGAAGAUACUCUGGAGGAGUCGGAGGCAGGGGCUGCCAGAUGGGGUCCCAUCCCACCAGCCUGCCCAGGGGCCCCUUUGGAGGCCUUGGGCUUUGACAGGGGAGGGGCAGCCCCCUUCUGCAUGUUUUGGGGGAACAGGGAAAGAGAACACAGGCCUUGAAAGGGGAGGGGACUGGCUUGCAUGGACCCAAACUGACCCCUGGGU